GACCGCGGCCUGGCGGUGCUGGGGACAGCCGGAGCUCCGGGACGGCGCGGCCUGGGGGCCGAGGGGGGGCCUCGGUCCACCCUAGCGGGGUUGUAGGGUCCCCGGGAAGGUCCCCCAGGGAGACUCCAACACCCGCUUGCCGCGAACCUGCCGACUUAGCGUUAAGGAGCGGGACCAUGGAAGGCUCUGGCCAGGCUUUACUCGUCCCAGAGGCUUUGUUUUGUACCUCCUGAAGGAGAGUGGUGGGCUUGGGGUCGCUAAGGGAGAGGGGAAGGACGAGGCUUGCGGAGGACCUCUGGACCGCGGUGGCAGGUACUCAGCUCCAAAUUCCGUAUAGAAGGAACACCUGGACCCCAGCCUAUCAAUGGCGUCAAGACCACCAGAAGUACCUGCUCUUGCCCCCAGUGGGCCUCUAGGCAAGAUGUCCCUGCCCAUCGGGAUGUGCCGCCGGGCAUUCAGCUAUGAUGAUGCCCUGGAGGACCCUGCACCCAUGACUCCUCCUCCAUCGGACAUGGGCAGCAUCCCUUGGAAGCCAGUGAUUCCAGAGCGCAAGUAUCAGCGUCUUGACAAGACAGAGGAAGGCGCGGCCAGUCUCUCUUCCCUUGCUGUGACUCCAUCAACAGCCACUGACAGUGCAGACAAGGCGCCUGUGGUGAAGGCUAAAGCUACCCAUGUCAUCAUGAAUUCCCUGAUCACAAAACAGACUCAGGAGAGCAUCCAGCGUUUUGAGCAACAGGCGGGCCUGAGAGAUGCUGGCUACACACCCCAUAAGGGCCUCACCACGGAGGAGACCAAGUACCUCCGAGUGGCAGAAGCCCUCCAUAAACUGAAGCUGCAGAGUGGAGAGACAACAAAAGAAGAGAAGCACCCUGCUUCAGCCCAGUCCAGCCCCAGCAGCACCCCUCACUCAUCCCCUAAGCAGAUGUCCAGAGGCUGGCUCCCCUCUGGCUCCUCCACAGCCUUACCUGCUCCGGAUCCUGGCAGUGGAAAUGAUAGGAACUCAGCAGACAAAUGGAGCCUCUUUGGACCGAGACCCCUGCAGAAGUCUGAUUCUGGUUUUGCCAUCCAGGCUUACAAAGGUGCACCGAAACCCUCUCCUAUGGAGCUCAUGCGUGCCCAGGCCACACGAGUAGGUGAAGAUCCAGCAACCUUCAGGCCGCCUAAGAUGGACGUCCCAAUGAUAGAAGGGAAGAAACAACCAACUGGAACCCAUACUAUCAAGCCCCGUGACCUGAAUGUCCUCACUCCCACUGGCUUCUAGAAUUCUCUGUCCUUUCCCUGGGCUCUGACAUAGGAGUGACAUGGUUAACUGAGGCCUAUUGACAUUGUGCAGUUUGUCCCUGUGUGAGAGGAACCAUUUUGCACUGCUUUCAGGUUGGUGGAAAAUGUCAGAAGUGGAGAGUGGAGAACCUAUUUUUUUUAAAUCAUUUGUCCUAGAGAGGGACUCUGAUCCUUGCUUUCCUAGGUAAAUGGUGCGCUUUUAAAACUAAGGCCUCUUGAUUCUUUUUCCAUGAUCAAUAUGAGCGGCAACAAGUCAUGACAGACGUGCCCACCAGCUAGUGUGGACAGCCUGUGGCCUCCUGGCCUGCUUAGCCUUGUGCCUGGGCCUGGACUUGUCUGAGAGCUGCGUACAGCUCACACCUACGCUUGGCAGGACCCUGGUCUCUAAGCUCAACUACAGGGUAUGUAGCCCUGUCUGUCCUGGAGCUAGCUCUGUAGACAAGGCUGGCCUCUGCCUCCAGAGUGCUGGAUUAAAGGCAGGUAUCACCGCUGAUCAGCUUAGGUGAUCAACUUUGUUGAUUAGUCACUGCACCACUUUUUUGUCCGCAUGAGCUCUUAUCUGGUGUGUCAGAACAGUAGUACCCACAGCCCCUUUUCUUUUGCACUUUAAUAUGAAAUUAGCUCCUGAUUAAGUCUACUGGUUUCAUAUUGGUUCCUCUCCCCCCCCCUUUCCAUUACUGGCCUUGCUCAUGCUAGGAAAGUGCUCUACCACAGAGCUUCACCCCUAGUGUGCUCUCUUAGUUGUGUGUGUUUUGGUUUUUGAGAUGGUCUCACUAUGUAGUCCUGGCUAGCUCAGAGAUCUACCUGCUUCUGCCUCCCAGUGCUGGGAUUAAAGGCGUGUACCACCACUCCCAGUUAAGCCUGUGUUUCAGUAAAGAAGUAGACACAACUGGCUUAUCGUCUGCAGGUUCUCAUGAGCUUGGUGUCAUCUUAUUCUAUUAAUUUUGAGGCCAUUUUCUACCAAGUUAGCCUCAUAUGUUCAGUAACGUCUUACAGAGGAAAGGAUGCAAGGAAAUGCUCUUCCCUUUGUCCUCAUUGUCCACAGGGUCCCAUUGCUAGAUCACUUAGAUAGCAGUUUGUUUACAUAAUGAGCUAACCUCACAGAGAAGCCCUGGAGUCUAAGAUUGCUGUAAAAUUAAUUUAUUUAUGUUAUCUUGUAUUGACAAUAAAAAUCUUUACUACUUUCUCAAA